AAUUACUUUACAGAGUUUGGCUUUUUUUCCCCUGUUGAUAUCCAGCCCGACAUCCACUUCUGAGUAUACCCAAAAGAAUUGAAAGCAGUAACUCAAACAGAUAUUUGUUCACUCUGGUUCUUAUCGGCAUAAUUCACAGUAGCCAAAAGUUGAAGGCAACCCAAGUGUCUAUGAAAGGGUGAACAGACCAACCACACGUGGUACAUACAUGCAACGGAAUAGUAUUCGGCUUUAAAAAAAGUAAAUUCUGACAUAUGCAGAGGACAUUGUGCUAAGUGAAAUAAGCCAGUCAUAAAAGGACAAAUGCUAUAUGAUUCCACGUAUGUGAGGCACCUACAAUCAAAGGAUGGUGUCAGAGUGGGGAGAAGGGAACGGGGACUUAUAGAGCUUUAAAUUUGCAUGAUGAACGCAGUUAUAGAGACUGGUUUCACAAGGCGAAUGUACUUAACACUGCUGAAUAGACACUCUUAAAAAUAAACCUGGCGCACAGAACAAAUUCUCCUUAAAUGCAAAUACCCGCGGAAGGAAAAGCCCUAGCCGAAGCCGUCUGGCUGAACCACGUGUCCCCCUGCUCGGCUGUCACUCAGGGACGAAGGGGCGGGACCGCGCCAGCUGUCCAAUCAGUGCCGGCCUCGGAAAGGCGCGUGGGGUCACGCUCCGCUCGCGCGUGCGGACGUGGCGCGUCCUGUCAGCUCGCGCCGCCGCGUCCCACCUGCCUUUCGGGACUCUCGGUGGCGGCCGUGGCGCAGCCUUUGUCGCGCUGUGACUUGCAGGUACCGAGACAUCCCGAGGGAGGACUUCGGGACGCGGCGGAAGCCGGUGAAAUAUGGACUCAGUCUCCUUUGAGGAUGUGGCUGUGAACUUUACCCAGGAGGAGUGGACUUUGCUGGAUUCUUCACAGAAAACACUCUACAGAGAUGUAAUGUGCGAAACCUUCAAUAACCUCGCCUGUAUAGGGAAAAAAUGGAAUGACCAGGACAUUGAAGAUGACCACAAAAACCAGAGGAGAAAUCUAAGAGGUCACAUGGUUGCAAGACUUUGUAAAAGUAAAGAAGGUCAUCAAUAUGGAAAAAGCACUAGCCAGAUUCCAAAUCUUAUUAUUAUCAAGGAAACUUCUACUAAAGUAAAACCAUGUGAAUGCAGCAUGUGUGGGAAGCUCUUCAUGCAUCAUUCAUUGCUUAAUGAGCACAUGAAAUCUCACACUGAAAAGAAAACAAAUGAAUAUCAGGAACAGGAACAUGGAGAAAAGCCAUAUAAAUGUAAAGAAUGUGGGAAAACCUUCACUCGUUACCACAGCAUUCGAAUCCAUGAAAGAAUUCACACUGGAGAGAAACCGUAUGAAUGUAAGGAAUGUGGGAAAGCAUUCAGAUUUCUCUUUUCCUUUAGAAGCCAUGAAAGAAUUCAUACUGGAGAGACACCUUAUGAAUGUAAGGAAUGUGGGAAAGCUUUCAAGUUUCUCAGUUCCUUACGAGAUCACGAAAGAAAUCACACUGGAGAUAAACCCUACAAAUGUAAACAAUGUGGAAAAGCAUUUAAUCAUAUCCAGCCUUUUCAAAGACAUGAAAGAACUCACACUGGGGAGAAACCUUAUGAAUGUAAGCAAUGUGGUAAAGCUUUCAGCUGUCCUAUGUACUUACGAAGUCACGAAAGAACUCAUAGUGGAGAGAAACCCUAUGAAUGUAAAGAAUGUGGGAAAGCCUUCUUUUUUCACUCAAACCAUCGGAGACACAUGAUAACGCAUACCAGAGUUCAUCCUUAUAAACUUAAGGAAUGUGGGAAAGUCUUCAAGUCUGAUAAUUCCUAUGCAGUGCAAGAAAGAACUCAUCUUGGAGACAAACCCUAUGAAUGUAAACAAUGUGGUAAAACCUUCAUUUGUUCAAGUUACUUUCAAAUACAUGAAAGAACUCAUACUGGAGAGAAAACUUAUGAAUGUAAACAGUGUGGUAAAGCCUUCCUUUAUUCCAAUCACUUUCGCAUGCAUGAAAGAACUCAUGCUGGAGAGAAACCCUAUGAAUGUAAACAAUGUGGUAAAACCUUCAUUUUUUUCAGUCACCUUCAAAGGCAUGAAAGAACUCACACUGGAGAGAAACCCUUUGAAUGUAAGGAAUGUGGUAAAUACUUUACUUGUGCAAGUUCUGUUCAAGUACACAAAAGAAUUCACACUGGAGAGAAACCCUAUGAAUGUAAGGAAUGUGGUAAAGCCUUCAGUUUUUCCAGAUCCCUUCAGGUUCAUAAAAGAUCUCACACUAGAGAGAAACCCUAUCAAUGUAAAGAAUGUGGUAAAGCCUUCAGUUAUUCAAGGUCUUUUCAGUUACAUGAAAGCACUCAUACUAGAGAGAAACCCUAAGAAUGUAAGCAAUGUUGGUAGGUUGUCAGUUGUUCUAGUUCCUAUUAAAUGUAUGAGAGAACUCACACCAGAGAGAAAUUAUAUGAAUGUAAACAAUGCGAUUAAGCCUUCAGUUGUCCUAAUUCACUUCAAAGAUGUGACUUAUGUUGCAGUAAAGUCUUUUUAAAAUGUGGGAAAACCUUCCAUUCUCCUAGGCUUGUAAAUAUAUGAAAGGACUCUGGAGAGAAACCCUAUGAAUGUUAAGGAAUGUGGGAAAGCCUUCAAUUCACACAGUCUUUUGAGGACACAUGAGAAUGUAUGCUGGAGACAACCUCUGUAAACAAUGUGGGUAAUUAUUCUUCCCAUUUCAUUGUGAAACCACAAAACCACUCAUACUGGAGAGCAACUUCUUUAGUGUAAUUGAUAUGGAAAGUCCUUCAAUUAUGUGUAUAAUAUUUCUUCCACCUAGGGAGCCUGCUUAGGAAGAAUUGAAGGACUUGGGCCCUAACAGGCCUUUCUUAGAACCUAGUCUGUAGUUAGGAAACAACUUCUAGCAUGGUACCUGCUCUCAGCUCACACACAUGGCUAGAAAGAAGUGAUAGGGCUCCCAGAAUCAGUAUUUAAACCAGUUGCUUCUGGUCAGAUCUGUGGGAAUGCUGUGGUUCUGAAACAAUUGCAUCCCAUAGUUUUCCCGAAGUGGGAUCUGGGUGGAGACUUCUUAAUUUAUGGGCGUCAACAAGGCCGUUUCCAGCCUUCAUUUUCCCAUUUCAAGCCUACGCUGUGUAUGCUUACUGGAAACAUGUUUAAAAAUUCAGUCUUGCCUCACACUGGAACCUUUCUCUGUGGCAACCUCAGAUGGUUCUCAGGUGAGAGGGCUGAAGAAGCAAUGGCUGAACACAUGCCACAGGACACAUACCCCUGGGCCACACAAUAUUCACUCUCCCAUAAUCACUAGCUCUGCGCCAGCCACCACAGAAUAGUCUCAAAACCACUAAUGAUGUUGCAAAGACCCACCUUGCUAUGUCUUAGCUGUAGAACACACUCAAAGUUCUUGGUUGCCCUAACUUGCCUACUCCAAACUUUCUGGCUCGUUCUACUCUGAGAUGUUCAGUGGUGUAUGCACUGACUGUGCUUUAGCCCUUCUCACCUCAAUGCAUGCUGAAUGUGUACUGCUUGAGGGCUAGUUUUAUAUCCUCCCCACCAAAACCAGCAUCUACUUUUGGGAACAGUACCCACCCUGCAGAGCUGCUGUGGUGCUCUGCUCCUGUGUGUGCAGCAGCCCUGUGGUGCAUGGAAAAUGCUAGUGUCAGUUAUGCUUCAUAGUCCAAGAGGUGACUCUUCACAUCAUCCCUGUCAGGCCAGGUAAGCUCCCAAUCAACUGCCUUCUGGAGCCACUGAUGAUUUCUCUCUUGUGAAUUGAGUAGGGGUAGUAGGUGUUGGGCCCUUCGUUUGUCAGAGGCAGUGCCCCCUGUUUCUUGCAGAACAAAUCAGAGUGUCCUGGAAGGGAAGUGGCAAUAUGAAGGGAAAGAGGUCACUAUCAGCCCUUGUGACAACCUCCAUUCUUUCUCUGGGCCUUGAAAGUGAUCUUUCUCUUACCUGGAGACCUAUAGUCUGAGCUCUCUAGGCCUACACCCUCCCCCAACAGUAGGUAUGGGUCAAGUGGCAGCAUCCAAGGCCUCCGGGAAUACCGUAGGGCCCCAUGAGGGUAAUUGGAGCAAGGUUUGCCAGCGGAUGUGGCUUCUGGAGGUGAUGGCUACCGAUAAGUGUGCAAUGGCGGGCAUGUCUGAUGAGCCGUGAGCAGCCCUUGCUGCUCUCACUGAGGUCUCAGUGGAAAAGCAAACUGAGUAAGGAUCGGAUCAUGUGGGAUAUAUUUCUGGAAACAUUUAGAACAUUUUGAGGGGCUGGGACGUUAUUACUCAACCUAUUGCAGGCCCACCUUUUUGUAUUCUUGGGGUCCCAUUUUGUGCUCUUAUAGAGGUAAUAUUUUUGUACUCUGCUCCAGAAGUAUGAAAUCCCCUUACCAUUAGAAUGGGCUCAAGGAGCCACCUUUGUGAUUGGUUUGGGGGCCAAGGAGUACCUCUCUGGUACAUGGGAUGGCUGUGAGAACAGUUCAGUCUUUGAAGAUCUGAUAUGUUUUGGUCUAUGAUGAGGAUUGCAUAAAACCCAUUUAUGUGUGGAUCUGAACCCAUUUAUGUGUGUGUCUGAGUCCUGAUACUCAGUAAAUACUAGUCUCUUGUAUGUGACAGGUUCUCUAAUUGAUUUGGAGAACAAAGAUGUGCUAACAUCUCUGUCCCUUGGUACUUACAUUCCAGCACACAAGAAAAGGAGCAAAAAUAUACAAUGUAUCAUUCCUAAGGAGCCAGAGAAGCACAGAGAUGAGAUCAGAACAGCCAGGGUCUGUGUGUCUUUGGGAUCAUCUUUCAGUGUCCGGGCUGUUUAGUCCGUGGGAUUGUGAGUUUAUGUGCCUGUGUCUGGGUUUGUUCAUCUGAGUAUAGUGACAAAAUGUUUAUAAUUUUUGUUUGUCUAUGGGAUUUUGUGUAUAUGUGUUAAUCUGGAAUGCUUUUAUUGUCUGAUUUUCCUGGGACCAGCUUUCUUAACACUUUGAGUAGAACUGGUGAGAGAAGAUAUCCUUGUUUUGUCUUUUAUCUUAGAUAUUAAAAAUCUGUUUUUUCACCAUCAAGAAUGAUGAUGUGGGUUUUUCAUAUAUGGCUUAUAGCAAUUUGAGGAAGUUCUAUUCCAAGUUUAUUGUGGGUUUUUAUAGUGAAUGGGUGUUGGAUUUUGUCAAAUGCUUUUUUGCAUCCAUUGGGAUGAUUGCUAUUUUCCUAUUGUGUUUUGCUAAUGUGUAUUAUCACAUGACUCAAUUUCCAUAUCUUGAACCAUCUUUUUAUUCCAGGCGUAAAUCUCACUUUGUUAUGUUGCAUAAUGCUUUCGUUGUGUUGCCCACUAUGGCUUGCUGCUACUUAUUUGAAUAUUUUUGCAUCAAUAUUCAUAAGGGAUAUGAAUGGUAAUUGUUUUGCUCUCUCAUGCCAUUUCAUGCCUGCUUUAGAGGAUUUCCCUGCUCUCCCUGUGACCUCAAUUAUAUGAGUAAUAAGCCUUUCAUACUCUCUCAGUUUGUGUGUGUCACAUACUCACCCGUGUCAGCAUUAGAACGACAGCUUUUCAGGUGACCAUAACAGUUGGCACCUUUAGCAGGAUAUCUAGUGAUCACCACCCUCUGGGUCUGUCUUUUGUUUUGUCAUUAACCUCCCCUGUGGCCUGAUGGCUGGCAUGCACCUUCAGCUGCUGCUUGCUGCUCUGUGUUGUAGAGGCCUACCAAGCCCCAAUUCUUAAUUUAGAUGACCAGAGUAGGCACUUUCCAGAAGUCCUUAGCACUGAGGAGCAGGAAUGUGGAAUUUGGGUCCUCCUUAAAGUGGUCUUGAGUCAGGCAUUUUCACCUAGACCUGUCUGUGUUUUAGAAUGAAGCUGUAGCUGAUGGUGGGCUUUGGCCUUGACCUAUAGGUCUAGGCUAGGGGUUGUUGGUGAGACUGUAUCCCAUGCAUGUUGGGUGGUCAUUCCUAAAAGAGCAGUCACUCUUAAAAUUACCAGGACAAUUACCAAUCACACUCACCAGGACACUUAUGUGCCUUGCUGCUGCUGCCGCUGCUGCCCCCUGCCUCUGGCUGAACAAAGACCCCGAGUGUAGCUUAUCAGGGACAAAACCCAUGGCAUCCCUGGCGUUGAGCAUAGGUGUUAGUUCAAACCUGAACCAAGCUUGAUGUCCUUAAACUGUGAAGCUUCUAUUGCCAUACAGGAGGCCCUGCUAUGGUUUGGAUGUGGUCUGUCUCCACCAAAACUGCUGUUGAAAUUUGAUCCCCAAUGUGUUGGUUUUAGGCCCAGUGGGAGGAGUUUGUGUGAUGGGGCAGAUCCCUCAGGAAAGACUUUGUUCUGUUCUCACAGUGGUAAGUAAGUUCUUGUUCUGGUAACACAUGACUACUUCUCUCAGGAACAGAUUGGUUCCCACUAGUGGGUUUUGAAGCAGAGUUCCUCCUCUUGUUUGGUCCCUCUUUGCAUGUGCCUGCUGAGACCCUCCACCCUCUUUUGAUGCAGCACCAAAGUCCUCACCAGAAAGCAACAAAAAGCUGGUGCCCUGCUUCUUGUACAGCCUGCAGAACUGUGAGCCAAAUAAACUUCUUUUUAAAACUA